UAUAUCUUUUGUGGUGUGAUCAAUAAGUGAAGGAUUGGGUUCACGCCACUAUCAGACAGUCAUCUCUCCACUCAGUGGACAUUUUUGGCCGAGGGCGCGACGGUCGAUGCGACGACAAAACUUUACCAGGAAGAAGACGAAAGGACCAACAGGCGCAACAAGCAGCAUCUCUCUUCAUUGAAUGAAUGAGUUUCGCGUUCAUUGAACUUGCAGGUGGAUCGGUUUUGGUACCGUCAGUCGCUGGCCUCACUAGGCUCAUCAAAGCAAAGCCAGGAUACCGCACACUUGCAGACUUCAUCUUCUUGCCGUUGUCUUCGCAUCGAUUGGAGGAUUCGUCAUCAUCAGCUUUACGACGGCGUUAGGAGAGCUUAGUGCUAUCGGAUCGGUUCAAGCUCUGUAAGAACGAAAGAGAAAAAAGAAUGGCAGAAGCAGCUACAAACGACGAUCUGCAACAAUCAAUACGCGAUGAUCGGUAUCGGUUAGGUCAGUGUCCCAACUGUGGCACUCAGCUAUUCAAGAUCAAGAAGAAGGGGCUGCUGAACAAGACCGAGGUCCGAAAACCCCUGACAACUCCAGGCUUGGUAGAAAGAGGUCAAUGUCUCAAGUGUUUAUCUUCCAAACCGGCAGACGUUGGAGUCCUGGCGGCUGCAGCAAUAGCAUCCGUAGGUGAAGGCAAGGAGGAGGGCGACAACCCACAGCCGAGAGCAGCACAGCAACAACCCAACAAUGCCACCGCAGGUGAAACUGUGUAUAUUGGUGACUUUAAUGAACAAGGGGAAAGACACGGACCCGGCGAAUUGCUUUGGAGCAACGGGGAUAAAUAUGUUGGAUCCUUCGUCAGCGGAUUGAGGCAUGGACAAGGUACACUGUACUUCAAAGACGGAUCAGAAUACGUAGGAGCGUGGGAACGCAAUGUGAUGCAUGGUAGUGGGACUCGACGGUUUAAAAAUGGUGAUGUGUAUAUAGGGCUUUAUGCGAAUGGAAAACGAUCAGGAGAAGGACGAUUCUACUUUGCCAACGGCGACAUGUAUUAUGGUAACUGGGAGGCUGACCAGAUUCAUGGCUUUGGAAGAUAUUAUUACAAUUCUGGAAUCAGUUUUGAGGGAACCUUCAACUUUGGAAGGCGACACGGUAAAGGAAAACUGCAAAAGCGAGACGGAGAAUUGGAAAUAUAUCGAUAUGAAAACAACACACGCAUGGAUCCGGGAGUCAGAUGGUCUGCCGAUCGAACAAAGGCAUGGCGACUAGAAGGAGGAAGAAUCAAACGAUCAAUCACCAUUGCGGAAGCUGUCUCCAUUGGAUAUCAAUGUGAGGGUGCCAUGGAAGACAGUGUUCCCGUCGACGACAUGCAUGUUCCAGAUGUCCCCAAUGUCACGUGAAGUGUUUGGAACAGUCAGAGGAAUCAACUAGCAGAUCGGGACAUAGCAUUGCACCUUUGGUGCGAGACACGAGAAAGCGGAACAAAAUGGUAUCAGUGUCAUUCUACUAGCUAGCAGCUAGAACUGAAUUCCAAUCUACUCCAGCUACAUUGUGGCCAGACCAGACCAUAGGACAGGCUACGAGUCAUCCUCAGUCUCCCAAACCCUUUGUGUCCACCAAGCAGGGCCCGUUCUGCUUGUUUCCCUGAUGCUAAUUCUUGUAAACACAAUGCCUCAUAUGGUACUCUUUUGUUA